ACCAGAGCAUAGGGGUUUUAGAAACUCUCUGUAUAUCUCCAUCUACAAUCUCACAGUAUUAAACUCUUAGAUUCAGCAAGAUCUCUAGUCAGAAUCUGAGGAUAGGCUUUUCAAGUUGCAUGGAAGAGCAUAAUCGAAACUAGAGGUAGCAUUUGCUUAUGUAUUCAAAACGUCCUGGUCAAGGAGAUGGGCCUGUUUCUAGGCCAGUACGAACAAGUGACAGGCUUAGGAGAAGGCCAAAACCUUAUGGCCGGGCAUAUCUGUAUUACACUCCAACCAUUCUUCGCACCAGGACAGGUAAACCUAAGACGAGGACAAAUGCUUCUCGAAUUGCCAAGAUUCUACGCCCAUCCAAUCGUCCAAAACGGAGUCCAAAUAAUAAUUUAGGUGGUAGCAAUCUACGACGCUCAACUAGAAAGAGGAGGAUUCCUGUAAAUCUGGAAGGUUACACCGAUAGUUCUGGAUCAGAAGAUGCAGACUUGAUGAAACCUACUUUUCGAACCUCGAGGAACCGAAUUGGUAAUAGUGCAACUCAAGAUGAUUUAUUAUCUCCAAACCAUAAAAAGAUUAUGGCGAAUAAAUCAGAACCUAGACGUGAAGGACUACGGCCGCGUAGGUCAAAGUCAUUUCCAAGGGAAAAGCUAAACUUAGAUUCUGCUGAUGAGCAAGAUACUUUUGACGAUAAAGUUAUCCAAGUUGAGACUGAUAAUGGGCACGAAAUUGAGGAUGUUGAUGGAGACGAUGGUCAGAAUGAUGGUGAAGCCGAGGAUGAGGGUGAUGGAGAGGGUGAGGAUGAAGGGGAGGAAGAUGGUGAUGAUGAAGAAGGCGAAGAGGAGGAGGAGGAGGAGGAGGAGGAGGAGGAGGAGGAACAAGAAGGAAGGAGAAGAUAUGAUCUCCGAAAUCGUGCUGAAGUUCGUAGGCUUUCCGUGGAAGAAGGUAAGCAAAGGCCCCGCUCUCCACGGAGAGUAUUGCAUCAAGGAAUAGGGACUAGAGUUAAUAGGGAUGUAAGAAGGGGCGGAUCACGAGUUCACAAGCGCCAUCGUAUAACAAGAGCUGAAGAAUCUGAUGAUUCCCUUCUUGUGGAUGAGCUAGACCAAGGUCCUGCUAUUCCUUGGGCUCGAGGAGGGAGCAAAUCUGGUCCACCCUGGCUCUUUGGGGGAUUAGACAUGCACGGUUCAACAUCAUGGGGAUUCAAUGUUGCAGCGUCUGGUUGGGGUCAUCAGGGUGAUAAUAUUGCUGCAAUAAAUUCAGGGAUUCAAACUGCUGGCCCAAGCUCAAAGGGUGGGGCAGAUAUUCAACCGUUGCAAGUUGAUGAAAGUGUAAGUUUUGACGACAUAGGUGGACUAUCACAAUAUAUUGAUGCUCUGAAGGAAAUGGUUUUCUUUCCCUUAUUAUAUCCAGACUUUUUUGCUAGCUAUCACAUCACACCACCAAGGGGGGUUCUAUUAUGUGGUCCUCCCGGCACCGGGAAAACAUUGAUUGCUAGAGCAUUAGCUUGUGCUGCUUCAAAAGCUGGGCAAAAAGUUAGUUUUUAUAUGCGCAAGGGAGCUGAUGUGCUAAGCAAGUGGGUAGGUGAGGCCGAGAGACAAUUGAAAAUGCUUUUUGAGGAAGCACAAAAGAACCAACCAUCCAUUAUUUUCUUUGAUGAAAUAGACGGCCUUGCUCCUGUGAGGUCUAGUAAACAAGAGCAGAUCCAUAAUUCUAUUGUUUCUACUUUGCUUGCACUAAUGGAUGGUCUAGACUCACGUGGACAAGUUGUUUUAAUUGGAGCAACUAACAGAGUUGAUGCCAUUGAUGGAGCCUUGCGUCGCCCUGGUAGGUUUGAUCGUGAAUUUAAUUUCCCUUUGCCUGGGUGUGAAGCACGUGCUGAAAUACUUGACAUACACACUCGGAAGUGGAAGCAUCCUCCUUCAAAGGAACUGAAGUCAGAACUUGCAGCUAGUUGUGUUGGAUAUUGUGGUGCCGAUUUAAAGGCUCUAUGCACUGAAGCUGCCAUCAGAGCUUUCCGUGAAAAAUAUCCUCAAGUGUACACUAGUGAUGAUAAGUUUGUGAUUGAUGUUGAUUCGGUCAAGGUUGCAAAGUAUCAUUUUGUGGAAGCCAUGUCUACAAUUACACCUGCUGCUCAUAGGGGUGCUGUUGUGCACUCUAGGCCGCUAUCUUUAGUAGUUGCACCAUGUCUACAAAGACAUUUGCAGAAGGCCAUGAAUUUUAUUUUCGACAUAUUUCCCCCCCUUGCAUUGUCAUCGGAGUUGACCAAGCUUUCCAUGCUUUCAUAUGGAUCUGCGAUUCCUAUUGUGUAUAGGCCACGACUUCUGCUGCUUGGUGGUGAAGGUUCUGGCCUGGAUCAUGUUGGGCCUGCAAUUUUACAUGAACUGGAGAAAUUCCCUGUUCACUCUCUUGGACUUCCAUCUCUUCUUUCAGAUCCCAGUGCAAAAACACCAGAGGAAGCCUUGGUGCAUAUAUUUGGUGAAGCAAGGAGAACAACACCUUCAAUCCUUUAUAUUCCUCACUUUAAUCUUUGGUGGGAAAAUGCACAUGAUCAGCUCAGGGCUGUUCUAUUAACACUAUUAGAAGAAUUGCCAUCUGACUUGCCAAUUUUGAUGCUUGGAACUGCGUCAGUACUUUCUACUGAAAGCAUAGAGCUGCAGCAAACAAUAUUUCCUCAGCGUUCCAUCUUUGAAGUGGGCAAACCAUCAACUGAAGACAGAUCUUUGCAUUUUGAAUGUUUAAUUGAAGCUGCUUUAUCAGUCUUGUCGGAGAGUGUGACAAAGAAAUCCCAAGAAUCACAAUCCCUUCCCGAACUUCCUAAGGCACCAAAAGUCGCAAGUGGCCCUACGGUUUCAGAAUUAAGAGCUAAGGUAGAAGCAGAGCAGCAUGCCCUUCGUCGAAUGCGGAUGUGCCUCAGAGAUGUUUGCAACCGGAUAUUUUAUGAUAAACGAUUCAAUGCCUUCCAUUACCCUGUCACAGAUGAGGAUGCUCCAAAUUAUCGCUCAAUAAUACAACAUCCUAUGGACAUGGCUACUCUGCUACAACAUGUUGACUCUGGCCAUUACAUUACAUGUUCAGCAUUUUUGCAAGACUUUGAUCUCAUUGUCGCCAAUGCGAAGGUGUAUAAUGGAGAUGAUUACAACGGUGCCAGGAUUGUUAGCAGAGCAUAUGAACUUCGGGAUUCAGUACACGGAAUGCUGUCACAGAUGGACCCUGCCCUUGUCGCUUACUGUGACAAGAUUGCGGCCCAAGGUGGUCCAGUUCAUGUGCCGGAUGAUUUAGGGGGGUCUAUCUUUCCAUCAACUCCUGUUGUCCAGCUGGGAACUGUUACUAGAGCAAGUGCCCGAUUGCGUAAUGUCCAGCCAGAGGUUAAUCUGGAUCAAAGCUAUGAGGCUUUGAAGAGGCAAAAGAAAACCAUUGAUGUUUCACAUGCAGCUUCAAUAGCAGAAGACAAAGCACAGCAGACAGAUCCAGCACAAGCAAAGCCAUCAGAAGAGGCGGAGGCAGAUGAAAUGCAUACAGAAAAGCCAGAAUCUUCAUCUGGGGACGGCGAUCAGCAGGGAGUUUCUAGAGAAGCAUCUGCUAGUGGCGAAGAGAGCGGAUCCCCAGAUGCUACUAUGAUGGAUGCAGAAAUGUCGAGCCACGUGGAGUACAUCAAACGGCUAUUAGUGGAGCGUACAGAAAAUUAUGGCAUUCCGCAGCUUGAAAGGCUGUAUACUCGUAUAAUGAAGUGCAUUUUUGAAACCAAGGACAGAGAUAAAGACGACCCUAAGUUUUCAAUUUUGAAGGUUUUGGUGAAAUUUGCGGAGGAUGAAGCAAAUUUCUGAAAACUCCCCUCAACAUAAAAAUUUAAAACCCACCAAAAAAAAAAGGAAAAUAGGAAUCUUGCAGUUGUAAAGUCGGAUUUUUUUUUCAAUGGAAAUUUUUUGAGUGGAAGGUAGGUAGUUAUCCGUUUCCUUCCAAAUGAAAUCGCCCAAUCAUUCAUUCAUUCCAAGUCCCAUUCCAUCAGGUCUAGAAGGUUGCCUGCUAUGGUUAUUUUAUUAUUAUAAAGUAAAUAUAAUUUAUUCAUUUA